AAAUGCUAACCAUUCCGUGCAUCCUCGCGUAACUACCGUAAACUACGCCUCUCAGCGUGUAUAUAUGGUAGGUAGUAUUAAAUGUCUUCUUUCUCAAAGUCAGCUUUGGAGGAGAAGUUGAGACGUCUCACAUCCUCACAGGAAAGCAUAGAGACCCUCUCUCUGUGGAUAAUACAUCACAAAGCCAAUGCUUCAGUCAUUGCAGAAACCUGGUCUGAAACCUUCUAUCAAACUGACCCAGAUAGAAAGAUACUUCUCUUUUACCUCAUAAAUGAUGUGCUUCAAAACAGUCGCCGGAAAGGCGUUACGGUUUUCUCCGAAAUUUUCAGUAGCCGCCUCAAACAGGCAACAUUUUUAGUCAGAGGGUUAAAGAUUCAGACUUCAGUGGAAAGAAUUAUCCAUAUAUGGAGAGAGAGGCGUGUCUUUGAAGAGGAGUACUUAAACGAACUUGAUGAGAUAUUAGAAAGUAAAAAUGUAGCAGCUCAGUCGGAAAAAAUUGAUUUUAAGAUUUCUUUGCUGGAAGACUCCUUGGUUGAGUUGGGGAAGUUUGAAGGAGAAAUGAAGAUCAAGUCGUCGGCUUUGUCUCAGCUCCCCAUUGAUGUAUCUAGCACUAGUAGUCUCUCUCAGUUAAAGGAUAAAUCUGCAGGGGCUCAGUUCAAACAGGAUUUCAACAACGCAUCCGUUAAGCUUCAAGAGUUCACAGAGUGUACUGCCAUUGAGGUGACAGAGAGGAAGAACGUGAUUGAUUUAAUAAAAGACUGCAAGACGUAUCACAAACAGCAUAAAAGGGAGUUGGAGAGACUCUUAAAGGAUUACAGGCAGCUCCAAACACACCUGGAGACUCUCAAUAAGAAACUAACAGAAAAGGUUGAGGUAUUAGACAAAGCCCAGCAUACAGCAACUUCAGAUCCAACGAGCAAGACUGACAUCACUGUUGUAGGUGACAUGGAGAUUGAUUCAGAUACCGAAGCAAAUGAUGAACCCUCUCCAAUUAAUGAAACUCCUCAAAUACUUCCAGUCCCUACCCCUUCCUUUCUUCCCCCUACUGUCACCCCCUCUCCUCAUACCCCUACUGUCACCCCCUCUCCUCUCCCCCCUAAUGUCACCCCCUCUCCUCUCCCCCCUAAUAUCACUCCUUCUUCUCUCCCUCCUUCUUCUCUCCCUCCUUCUCUACCUCAUACAAACUUGCCUUUCCCUCCUUUCCAUCCUUUUCAAGCUCCUCCCAUCCAUCCUCAUCCACUUGCUCCCCCACAUUCCAUCCCUCCAGUCUCCACGGUACCAUAUUCUCCUUCGAUGCCUAAACCUUAUACUCCUAUUGCUCCUCUUCCCCCUCAUUUCCCUCUUCUCUCUGCAUCACCUGGACAGUCUCUCGGAGCCACGCCCACAUCCUUUUCGUCACCUGCCCCUACACCUCAAUCAGCUCCACCCACCACAAUGACAGAAGACCACACCUUUAAUCAGCCAAAGACUCUUCCUGAUAGUAUUUUCCAUGAUUAUAGUGACAGUGAGUCGGAGUCGGAUAAACGUUAUAGUCCGUCAGUUCCGCUCUCUCCAGAAGGCCAUCAGGCCGCGCCUGCUUCUUGUCCUGACCCCAGUGAAGAAAGUGUUACUCUUUCCUCAAAUAACUUCCAGUUUUAUGGAUCAGGUAACUAUAGCAAUGACAAAAAAGCUGACCAAUCAAAUAGUUCCGUUGCUCCAGUUGUUCCUGUUAAUAGCCUCAGCGAUACUAUAAAUAGCGUCGCCAGUCUUGUUUCUAAAAAUAGCUCAACUUCUGAUAAUAAUAGUAACAAGAAGCCGUACAUCCAGCCUGAGGACAUCAAGAUAACUCCGUCGCUCACUAGCAUACUAGGUGAGAUAUUCCCUCAGCUUUCUAAAAGUCUUGGAGAGAAGAGAAGGCGAGAGAGUCCCCUUCCGCCUGACCCCUCUCCUAAUAAACUACCUAAGAUAAACACAAGCACCACGACCGAGAGAGGGUUUGAGGAGACUCAGCCUCUAAACAAUUCCUUUGUGAAUGAUUAUCCUUAUCCUGAGUCUUACCACGUCCCACCAAAUAUCCCUCCUCAAAGAUUCCCUCCUCCGCAAUCAUUUCGUCCUCCACACCCUCACUUUGGUUUCCGACCCCCAGCUCCGAGAGGAUUCCCUCUCCCUCCUAAUGUUGCAAUGCCUCCAGAUGCAUCCUAUCAUGGGAGCGGAGGAGAGCAGGAUUUACAGUACCCACAUAACCAGUUUAAACCAGUUAAUAAUGGUCGUAAGCCAUCGAGGCAGUAUUACUAGUUAUUUCACACACUCACUACUCUCUCUCCUUUUUGUGUAAUAUUAUCAUAUCCUUUUGCUAAUGCAUAAAUGAGAAUGCUGGAACAUUUUGAUUACAGCAUAAAAAUGGUAA